AGUAGCCAAUAGUGGCGCUUGGUGCGACCUUCGCUCCGCCUUCCGGAAACACCCCUCCUGGGGCGGGCCUAAGGACGCCGCUUCCGGGGGGCCGUCCGCGCGCCUGCGCCGUUGCCACGACGAUGGGGUUCCCGGCGUGCCUCGCGACGGGGGCUCAUGGCGGCGGGGGCGCGGCCGCUCCUGCUGCUCGUGCUCUGGACGCUGGCUGCGCCGGCCCGGCCCGGCCCCGGAGAGGCGGGCGACGGAGGGUGGCAGCGGCGCGGACCGGGCGCGCCGGCGGCCGUGGCGGAGGAGCAGCGCUGCACGGUGGAGCGCCGGACCGACCUCAGCUACGCCGCGUUCGUGCAGCACUACGCCUUCUCCAGACCCGUCAUCUUGCAGGGGCUCACGGACAACUCGAGGUUCCGGGCCCUGUGCUCCCGCCAAAGGCUGCUGGCCUCGUUUGGGGACAGCGUGGUCCGCUUGAGCACUGCCAACACCUACUCCUACCAGAAAGUGGACUUGCCCUUCCAGGACUAUGUGGAGCAUCUACUGCACCCCCAGGACCCCGCCUCCCUGGGCAACGACACCCUCUACUUCUUUGGGGACAAUAACUUCACUGAGUGGGCGUCGCUGUUUCGGCACUACUCCCCACCCCCGUUCGGGCUGCUGGGCACCACUCCUGCUUACAGCUUUGGGAUUGCAGGAGCCGGCUCUGGGGUGCCGUUCCACUGGCAUGGGCCUGGGUUCUCGGAGGUGAUCUACGGCCGCAAGCGCUGGUUCCUGUACCCCCCUGAGAAGACACCUGAGUUCCACCCCAACAAGACUACGCUGGCCUGGCUCCGGGACACGUACCCGACCCUAGCACCAUCUGCACGGCCCCUAGAGUGCACUAUCCAGGCUGGUGAGGUGCUGUAUUUCCCCGACCGAUGGUGGCAUGCCACACUCAACCUCGACACCAGCGUCUUCAUCUCUACUUUCCUUAGCUAGCCACAAGGGGCGGCUGGCAAGCCCGUCGCACACCAGCACGUGCCCCUAUAGUGCUCACAGAUUUUAUUACAGGGACAGUGGUGGCAGCGGCAGCCUCCGCCCAGCCCACCCUCACCUGCUGUUUCCGACCCAGAAGGGGGACAGGAGAGGCUCACGGCCCAGCAGCAGAACUGAUGGGGAGUGGCAUAGGGACACCGGGGCAAGGAUCCAGGGACACAAACUCUGUACGGGGGCUGGAGCUACUGCCCCAAGGCCCUCUAGGGCCAGGUUACCAGGCAGAGUGGGGCGAGUGGCCCUUGCACUCGCCCUGUCUCAGUAGUCCUCCACCCAGCCGUUCUCGGAGAUGAAUGCGUCGAUGACCUCUUUCAUGGCCAGGUUAGGGAUGAGCUGUUCCUGGGUCAGGGGGCUCCGGGUCACAGGGUCAAAGUGGCCUACACGCUGUAGUGACAACAGGGUCAGGAGGUGCUCAGGGGGUCCAGGCCCUGCCCCCGAUGCCUGCUGGCCCUCACCUGCAGGUGCUCCUCGAUGUCUUUGCGGUCAUAAGUGAUGCCGCUGGGCGUGAUGCAUGGCUCCCGCAUCAACUCAAAGCUGAUCUUGCCACA